AUGUUUCAAGAAGCAAAGAAGUCCAAGAAGGGCCGCGGCACAACAAAAUCCGGCCAUUGGAACACUAUUGCACAAGGCAAAGACGAAGGAAGCUCAAUACGGCCGACGGCGAUGCAUAGAAUGGCCGACGAACUCAAAACCUCAAGAAGGCGCGAACACCGGUGGAAACUGAUCCUCUGGAGUCCAAAAAACACCAAGGAAGAAGAAAGGAAGGAGACGAUCGAACAGAUAAAGAUGGCCAAAGGAAUCACAUCCCGAGCCAUUGGCGCGCACGACGAAAGAUCUCCGAAUCCACACGUUCAAAUCGCCUCAAACUUCACAAGGAGCCACAAAACAUAA